AUGGACUUCCCAGGAUUUCAUCUAAGAUCGCCCGACCGACUUAGGAAUCGUUUCGAAAAAUCCGACGAAGAUGAGGAAGCUGUCAGUCUACCAGGCUUGCCUCCCGAUCCUACUUCAUUCGCUGAAAGCGUCGACGAUCGCCGUCCUCGCGAUAUAUAUGACGUUGGCAUCCCGAUGAAUACUACUAUCUACACUCCUGCCGCUAUUCGUACCCAACAGAAUCGUUCUGAAACCCAAAAUCGUCGCCCAGCCACUCAGAAUCAUACCCACCAAACUUAUAACAGGUUUACACCUAAGCCGGGUCCAUCAAGACAUCAACCCACCAAUACUGACCAGCCUCAAAUAAUCAUCGAAUCUCCACUCACGUCAACCCCAGCUACCGCCCACCCGCCCCGUCACGCCCAAGAUUGGCUGCGUGCUAACUCACCCAACAGCAGCCAUAUACCUCAGACCCAAAGUCAUCCUCCAGACGUAGGACUUCUGACUAGCAGCAGUGAAACGGAAACAGACCAACCUCCACCUAACAUCCUCGAUGAUGAUUCUUCAGAUGACGAUCAGGGCCAUCUUUCGUCAAAAUCGCUGGGAGACUUGAACCUAUCUGCGUUGGACGAUCUAGAAUCACGAUUCGAUGCCAGCCAAUCUCCAGAAAAUCCGCGUCAGAAGAACCCUAAAGUCUAUUCGCAGAAGGCGGCAUCAACCGAAGCACCGAAACCGAAAUCGUGCUUAUCAUCCUCAUCAAGCUCACACUCCACCCUCCAGGCUCAUCUAUCGCGUACCAACUCUCACGACCGAGAUCUUGCGGGCAACAAAAGCCCUCAUGAUCCUUCGGGCAGCCAGCUCACCAGUCCCGGUGUUGGACGCCGGGAUUCAUUUCGGGUUGAGGACUCAUUGACUCUAGAUGAGAUUCGUGAAAGUUUCUCGCGAGAGAUGGGUCCUGAGUUUACCGGGUCCAAGAAAGCUUUGUUUGGGAAAUCUCCUGCUUUUCAGCCUGAACCGGUUCCUGACCGAGAUAACCGUCGUCCGCAAAGCAUCUUGAAGCCAUCUAAUAUCCACAACCGCAUGGGAGCCCUUUUAAAGACCGAUAACAAGUCCAUGCAGUCACAGAUGCCCUUCCGCUCCGCACGGCGCCCUUUUACGCCCAAGCGGUUGACUGAAGUUGCCGACGAUACCACCGACUUAUCUGUACGCCCUAGAAAUCAAUCAAACCAUAUCAAUCAUACUCAACCGGCCCACAUCGCAGAAAGUGAAAGUGAAGCAACCUCAUAUGAUCUGACCACCUUUCCGGGAGCUCGCCAGCAGAACGGUAAUUCUUCGCUAUCAUUCGCGGAACCAUCUCACAAAUUCAACGGAAACAAACUGAACUCCUUCCUGCACAAUCUCAAUGGUCAUUUGUCGGAAGAGAAUCACCAAAUGGUGAAUGCUUUGGCUGAAACAAAAGCACAGCUUGCCCAACUGCAAAUGGAAAAUCAAUCUCUGCGGAGAGGUGUGAUCCCACCUCAUUCAGAUGAUGACGGCGUAACAGAUCGCAGUGGCGUGAUGCAGGAUCACCUGCAGCGCAUGAUUGACGUCCACGAGAGUAUAGCCGAACUCCAAAGCAAUUUCAAUCCAGCCCAACUCGAAGGCGAUCCCAUGUCUCAGUCGGAGUCUGCUGCUCAAAACCUGCUGUCUGAGCGCCGUAUUCACCGGCUUGAGAAUCAACUUCAAGAACGAGACGAAGAGAUAAUGGACAUUCGAAAACAGCUUCUAAAUAGGUCUCCGCCCAACUCCUCGUCACUAACGCAGAUUUUUGACUUGAAAGAUUGCAUCAAAGAUUUACAAGCAGAGCUAGCAACGAAAGAGGACGAAGUCGAUCAACUCAAGGUCCAGCAAAUCCAUAUCGCAGGGCAGCAUGCCAGUACGGUGGCCGAGCAGUCAGCCAAGCACGAGAAGGAAUUAGCCGAUGCACAAGCGACAUUUGAUUCGAAGCUUGCAAUGCUGAAAGAACAAGCUACGGCACUCAUACAGGAGAAGGACAAACAGCUUUUCGAUAUGAAUUCUAGGUAUAAAGAAGUUCGUCGCCUGACUGGCGUCAACGGAAAAAUCCCGGAUGAAACGAAAUCAAAUCAAUCCAAGAGCCAACCCAGCUUUGAAGCUCUCGUGACAGUAAAAAGUGAGCUGGAACAAGUCUUGAAUGGGAAAGGGGAUCAAUCCGUCGGCCGAUCUGCUGAACGCCGUAUCCGAAUGCUUCACUCUUGGAUUCAAAGCGAGAUCUCCAAUAACGGACAACAAACCAGUCAAGAUGACCCGGAACCUGCCAAGCAAAAGGAAGUCAGUCGCCAAUUGUCUCAAGAAAAGGAGGAACUUCGGGCCAAAGUUGAGGAACUAGGCCUAGAGUUAUCCGAAAAAGACCAUAGAAUCGAAGCAUUAGAGGUCUCUUUGAAAGAUUCCGAAGAGGCUCGCAAGGCUGUAGAACUUGAUUAUGCCCAGCUUGAAGCUCAAUUUGACGUCUUGGAAGCAGAAGCAAUAGCCCAGCAAUCGACCAUCUCAGGCCUCGAAGCCAAAUUAUCUCAAGCCCUAAAAUCCACCUUCUCAGAUGUCUCAUCCACACCUCGUCAACGCAGCCCUGGGGGACAACCUGCUAAAAACACUUCUGAACUUUCUAAGGCGCAAGAGGAAAUCAAUCGGUUGAAAAGCUUGAUCAGCCAAUUGGAGAACGCUGCUACGUGUGAAAUCCAAAACAUGAAGAUCGAAGCUUUGGAGACCCACCGACGCGAGCUUGAAGAAAGGCUAGGCUCGCUGCGCAAGCAGACAUCUGCAUUGAUCAGCACGCCAAGUCGGUCAUCAUGCCACUUUCAAUCGAUUAUUAGCAUGCGUACCCCUAAGACACCAGGCAAAAUGCUAGGAAAUAUGACUUCGAUACUGGCAGGCGAUUCAGGGGAUGAAACUAUUGUACCCAUGCUCAAUCAGAUCCACGAACUUCAGCAACAAGUUGAACAACUCCGACAUCAACUCGAUUUGGCCAACAAGAAUGUCGACCACAAGUUGGUUAAGCUCGCUGAAGCCAGCGAAAAUGCAGUGAAAGUGUCAACCGACGCGAUAACGGCCCGAAGGAAAGCCGAUGAUUUUGAAGAAAAGGCUCGGAAACUCGAAGAACGAUUGGAUAAGUUGAUUGCGGACAAUGGUACCAUCGCUCAAGUCAAACAUCGCUUAUCAAACAUCGCUUGCCCUGACUGUGGAGAAAGGUUCGACGCAAAUCAAAUAGUUCGCUUCAGAGUCAUACCUGAGACGCAGGAAUUGGAAUUCACCGAGCCACCCACUGAAAAUGACACAGAGGACCACUCAUCGAGUUUGAAAGUCAAAUUGAUGGAGCUGGAGGCCAACCACCAAACGUCUAAGAGUGAGAUUAUAAAGUUGAAGCGUGAUCUCGAUUCAAGACUCGAUCAAAUUGAGCAGCUUGAAUCGGACCAAGCAAAUCGGGACCAGGAAAUCGAACAAUUGCAGAAUCAACUUUCUGAGGCUCAAGAUGAGAUUGAAAGGGUUUUCAGGAAAUCGAAAGAAGAGCAAGAGCGACUGCAAGAGAAUGAAAACCAGCGGGAAGCUCUAUCCAAUGACAAGCAUGAUCUCGAAGAUCAACUUGAAGCAGUAAAUCUUAAAUUGCACGAAACCGAAGCUCAGCUCUCUCGAGUUACCGAAGCGCGCGACUCGAUGGAUGCUGAAGUCCGAGCUCUUCACAAGCAGCACAAAGACUCCUCUGCUUCGUCGCUUCAAAUUGACCAACUCCAAGAAACCAUCUCGAAACUCGAGACUGACAAUGCAGAAUUCGCCGAGCAACAUGCCUCGCUCACGGCCGAAGUUCGUCAACUCAAGACUGAGCUCGAGCGGAAGGCACACAUGAUUGCCAAUUCUGAGAAAUCGUACCACCGGAUCCAAGCGACUCUCGAAAAACAGACGGUUGACUUCGGGCAACUACAGGACGAGUUGGAGAGGAAGAAGAGCGAGAUUAUCGGCCUGAAUGGGACGAACAAUAAUUUCCUGAAAGAUACCAAGGCUCUUCGAAAAGAACUCAUCAAAGUUAAAACCGAGGCUCAAGAUCUUGACCAUCAUGUGCAAGAGUUGAAAGAUCAAGUCGAUCGUCAGGCAUCAGCUGCGACCAACUCCAAAGAAACAACAAAACUUAAAAACGAGUUAUCGCUGUGUAAAAAGGAGUUGAACGAAUUGAAAUCUCAACUAUCACAUUGUGACCAUGGAACUGAAACCAGACAGGAACUUGACCAAAAACAUAACACUGAAUCCAAAGGAUUGUUACUCAGGAUCAGGUUCUUAAAACUCAUGUUUACUCGAGAGAGUCUCUUCAGGGCCGAUCUGGCUUGUCAAAAGAAGCUAAUCAUGUUGAAACUACGUGAGACUGAGAUUCGAAACGAAGCGAUCCAAGUCGCCUUGUCUAACUUCGGCCUACCAUGCUCGCUAUCUUCCGGCUCUGAUGACAACCAACACCCAGGAAAUUUCACUUUACAUCCGAGCUCGACUGAUCGAUCAUUUAAAAGUGUCGCACUCGCUGUUCGAGCGAUAUGUAAAUUGAAAAUAUUAUCGAAGAAUUGGAAUAAGGAAGUAAAAGUAAAAGAGAAACUCAAAGAGGCCUAUCGCGAAGUCAGAGGUAAAGACUUCAUCGGUGAUUGA